AUGGGUGUCCAGAAACAGGCUUUCGCUUUUCUCGUCAUCGCCGUAACUUCCGCUGCAGCGUUAGGAUCUGGACCUUACCUGCCCAGUGGAUGGAGGCCUAAGGGUCCAGCCUUUUAUUUGCCGUCAGAAACUCAACAGAAACCAGAAGAUAAUCCACUAAAAGAUGUUAUAUUCCAAGAGACGGAAGCAUCCGGUUCAGAUUUCUUACGCGAAUACGGCCCACCCAAGAACGAAGAGAUUAUCCAAGACAUCACAAGGCAAAGUCUACCUGAAGUCAUCACAGAACAAGCCUUCGCAGUAAUUGAAGCCAGAUUCAAUGACGACGUGAAAGAAAUUAGCAGUGCUGUGACAGAAAAUGCAGAAAUUAGAUCUGAUGUAGCUGUAGAAGUAACAGGAGAACUUAGAACAAGCGACGAAGUUGCAGCUACCGAAUCUCAAGUAGUUGAAGAGAGAACUACAGAGUCCGCCAAUGAAGCCACUGAAACUGCUGUAAAAUCUGUAAUUCAAGGAAAAUCACUUAAUAUUGACAUUGAAGCUUCUAUUGGAAAUACUGAAGAUGAUGUGCAAACAGCAGUUGAUGCUACAGAACGCAGUGCAGCAAUAAUAGUUAAUAACGCAGAAGUUGCUGCCGUGGAAGCAAGGAUACAGAAAGAGGUGGAGCAAGAAGUUAACACUGUCGUAGAGGGAGUCAAGAAUAUUGAAGAAGCCAUUGUUAAUAUUGAAAAUGAGAAAGUAUUGGAAAGGCAAAUUGCUGAAGGCAAAAUUGCGGUGAAGAGUGCAGUGGAGAGCUCUGGAUCCUUGGCUCAGGCCCCUGAAGGUUUUCUAGAGUACGGACCUCCUGGAUUCAGGGAGUAUGGCCCACCGAAGGGAGAUAUCGUUCCCUUAUCCGGAGCACUAGUGGAGAACACACCAGCCCAGGAAAUCGAGAACAAUGAAACAAGAAGGAGGCGUUUCUCACCUAAACUCAGAAUUGCUAGAAAACAUUGAAAUGGCGCAUAAUCUGAAUGAAAACACGAGGACACACCCACGAAAUUGUAUAGUAUAAUUAUAUAAAUAUUAGAAGCAUAUAAAAAUAAAAAAAAUUG